UGAUCACAUGUAAACAGGGAAAUGCCGGUUAUCAGCAUUUCUCUCCUCACGAGCUGGCACUGAUGAUCAGUGUGCCCUAAUGAUCAGUGUAGCCCCAGCAGUGCCACCUGUCAGUGUCCAUCAGUGCCUUAUGUCAGUGCUCAUCAGUGCCUCGUGCCAGUGCCCAUCAGUGCCACAUCAGUGCCACAUAUCAGUGUACACCAGUGCACAUCAAUGCCACAUAUCAGUGCCCAUCUGAGCUGCCUUUCAGUGUCACCCAUCAGUGCCAGUCAGUGCCACCUAUCAAUGCCAAUCAGUGCCACAUAUCAGUGCUGCUAAUCAGUGCAACCUAUCAGUGCCAGUCAGUGCCGCCUAUCAGUG